AUGAUUACCAUACCACUAUGGAACAUAUAUUUGACCGUGCUGCUUUGCAAACAAGACGAACAAGCUCACCCCAUCAACGACAGGCGAGUACCUUGUCAUGUGGAAUGUGCAAGAUAUAUAUAUCACAGGCGCAUUGACACAUACAAAAUCAAGAAAUUAGACGAAAUGAUUUUGGCGAGCUGUCAGAUCAGUACAAAUAACAAUGUCGUUGUCACUGCUGCGAAUGGCAUCACCAAAGUGCCCUUGUCAAAACGCAAAGCAUCAUCCAGUCAAGCUCUCAUGCUGGGACAGCCAGCAAAGAAUUCAGAAUGCCUUGCAAAUAUGUAA